CAGGCCCCGCGCCCCGCUCGCGUCCCGAAAAGUGGAGCCGCAACUUGGGCACGACUGCACCUGUUUGCACCGCUCCGCCGAGGCGACCGGGCUGCGGCGACGGCGACCCCGGCCAUCGCCCCCCUCGGCAAGUGGUUUGGGCGCUUGGGCGCGAGGAGAAACUUUGCACCUGCGAGCCGGACCUGCGCCGAGGGCGUGUGCCGCCGCCUCUCGUCCCGUGGUUGCCUCCGCCUCCCCCCGUUCUUCUCCGCGGUAGGACCUCUCCCCCGCCCCACGUCCCGCUCCGUUCGACCGAGCCCCUGUCCGCCCCCCACCCCGCGGCCGACUCUUCUAUGCCCCGGGCCCUCCCCGCGCGGUGCCGGUGAACCCGCGGGCCGCCCCGAUGUACAGCAUGAUGAUGGAGACCGACCUGCACUCGCCUGGCGGCGCCCAGGCCCCCACGAACCUGUCGGGCCCGGCCGGGGCCGGCGGCGGCGGGGGCGGCGGGGGCGGCGGGGGCGGCGGCGGCGGCGGCGGCGGCGGCGGGGUCGCCAAGGCCAGCCAGGACCGGGUCAAGCGGCCCAUGAACGCCUUCAUGGUGUGGUCGCGCGGGCAGCGGCGCAAGAUGGCCCAGGAGAACCCCAAGAUGCACAACUCGGAGAUCAGCAAGCGCCUGGGCGCCGAGUGGAAGGUCAUGUCCGAGGCCGAGAAGCGGCCGUUCAUCGACGAGGCCAAGCGGCUGCGCGCGCUGCACAUGAAGGAGCACCCGGAUUACAAGUACCGGCCGCGCCGCAAGACCAAGACGCUGCUCAAGAAGGACAAGUACUCGCUGGCCGGCGGGCUGCUGGCGGCGGGCGCGGGCGGCGGCGGCGCGGCCGUGGCCAUGGGCGUGGGCGUGGGCGUGGGCGUGGGCGCGGCGGCCGUGGGCCAGCGCCUGGAGAGCCCGGGCGGCGCGGCGGGCGGCGGCUACGCGCACGUCAACGGCUGGGCCAACGGCGCCUACCCCGGCUCGGUGGCGGCGGCGGCGGCGGCCGCGGCCAUGAUGCAGGAGGCGCAGCUGGCCUACGGGCAGCACCCGGGCGCGGGCGGCGCGCACCCGCACCCGCACCCGCACGCGCACCCGGCGCACCCGCACCCGCACCACCCGCACGCGCACCCGCACAACCCGCAGCCCAUGCACCGCUACGACAUGGGCGCGCUGCAGUACAGCCCCAUCUCCAACUCGCAGGGCUACAUGAGCGCCUCGCCCUCGGGCUACGGCGGCCUCCCCUACGGCGCCGCGGCCGCCGCCGCCGCCGCCGCGGGCGGCGCGCACCAGAACUCGGCAGUGGCGGCCGCGGCGGCCGCGGCGGCCGCGUCGUCGGGCGCCCUGGGCGCGCUGGGCUCGCUCGUCAAGUCCGAGCCGAGCGGCAGCCCCCCUGCCCCCGCGCACUCGCGGGCGCCGUGCCCCGGGGACCUGCGCGAGAUGAUCAGCAUGUACUUGCCCGGCGGGGAGACCGGAGACCCGGCGGCCGCGGCGGCCGCGGCGGCGCAGAGCCGGCUGCACUCGCUGCCGCAGCACUACCAGGGCGCGGGCGCGGGCGUCAACGGCACGGUGCCCCUGACGCACAUCUAG